UGUGGGCGACGGCGGAGGCGGCAGCGGCCUGGUGGGCGAACGGCAGGUAGUUUCCGAAUCCAUCAUGGAUUAUCUCUCUAAACCCGGGCUCCUCAGCGUCAUCGCUGGAGUUGCAUGUGGAGUGUGCCUGGGCUGGGGCCUUCGUGGGAGGCUUUUCAGGCAGCCCAAAGUCAGAGUGGCUGCGUCUGCAAACAGCCUGGGGAGUGAAGCUGACAUCAUGGGAGAGUCUGGGGAGUUCAAGAUGGUGCUGAUUGUCCGCAACGACUUGAAGAUGGGGAAGGGUAAAGUAGCAGCACAGUGUUCUCAUGCUGCCGUGUCUGCCUACAAGCAAGUUCAGAGAAGAAAUCCUGAGCUCCUGAAACAGUGGGAGUACUGUGGACAACCUAAAGUGGUCCUCAAAGCUCCUGAUGAAGAGACUCUGAUUCAACUCCUGGCUGAUGCUAAACACCUUGGACUGACUGUGAGCUUGAUACAAGAUGCAGGUCGUACUCAGAUAGCUCCAGGUUCCAGGACAGUCCUUGGUAUUGGACCAGGACCAGCUGAUUUAGUAGAUAAAGUUUCUGGUCAGCUAAAACUCUUUUAAACUGGGGACCACAGAAAUCUGAAUGCACUGGUGUCUAUCAGUCCUGCAGGGAUAAAGCCCAAGUCUGGGGCUUUGUUCAUGCAUUUUCUCAGUAUAAAUAAAACAACCAGUUUUUGUAAGACACUGACAUUUGU